AGGGGUAACAUCCCUCUAAUUUAGCCAAUCAUAGCCUCGCAUUCCCUGCGCUACAAACGCCAGCAGAACGUAUCCAUUCAGGAAGAAGCGGGUCUGAUUAGCUUAGCUAGCUUACUGCUAAAAAAAAAAAAAUCUUUAUAGUGGGGGGAAAAAUGGCGUCGGUGAAUCCCUUCAAUCUUAGCGAUUCGGAGGAAGAAGCCGAACGCCGUCCAAAUGAAAGCGUUGACACAGAGAGAAGCCCGAGCGACGGGGCACCGGGGCCGCCGCCAGGGAAUCCUUUUUCUCCACCUGCAGAAGCCGAGCCCCCGACUCCCCUGCUGUCUAGUAACCGGACGAGCCCCAACGGUGAGGGCAUCUCCGCGUCGGCCCCGGCUACCUCCGCUAUGGCAGGCAGCACCGAGGCUCGGGUGUCCGUAGAUAUAAUUGCUGCUCAGUUGUUACGGGACCAAUUCAUUCUCACGGCCCUGGAGUUUCACACCGAACUGCUGGAAGCAGGUAGAGAGCUUCCGCGACUGAGGGAUUAUUUCUCCAACCCUGGCAACUUCGAACGACAAGGCGGCACUCCACCUGCCAAGGACCAGGUUCUUGGACCCGGAGGACCACUGAAUCGAGCAGGAAGCAUUAGCACCUUGGACUCCCUGGACUUUGCCCGUUACUCAGAUGACGGCAACCGAGAGUCAGACGAACGAGUUGCAGUGCUGGAGUUUGAGCUACGGAAAGCAAAGGAGACCAUUCAGGCUCUGCGCGCCAACUUGACUCAGGCAGCAGAGUGUGAAGUUUCCUCUCAGGAGAGAAAAAACUUAAAGUCAAGCCCUGAAAUUCAGGAGCCAAUACGUCCACUGGAGAAAAGAGCCUUAAACUUCCUCGUCAACGAAUAUCUAUUAAAGAAUGGAUACAAACUCUCAUCUAUUACUUUUUCUGAUGAAAAUGAUGAUCAGGACUUCGAGUUGUGGGAUGACGUCGGCCUCAACAUCCCCAAACCCCCUGAUCUGUUGCAGCUCUACAGAAACUGUGGAAACGUCACCCCUUCACAGAGAGACACGGUUGAUGUGUCAGUAGGAGUGGACCCCUCAGAGCUGCCGGGGAAUUGCGUCGCAUCCGAGUUUUCAAAGAAGCCUGGCCUGUCACAGCAGCAACAAACAGAAGUCGUGCAAGAGUUGGAGUACCAGCUCAGUCUUCUGAACAGUGAGAAGCAGAGCCUGGCUGACCAGAUCAAGAAGCUACAGAGUGAGAUUCAAACUCUGAAAAGGAGCGUCUCCUCUCCGCCUCCAGCUACACUAGACCUGAGCUCCCAGAAUUCACCUCAUCCUUCCUCCUCUUCUAACAUCAUCACCUCCUGCACCGACGCUCCUUCUGUGGAUAACGGUCAGAAUCUUGAAGGUCGAGGGGUUUCAGAGCCCGGAAAUGGGGGAGACCCUCCUGCUAAGCAGAAAACAUCCCAGCUACAGUCCUGCAACAAGACACGUGUACACUUUGAUCAGCCAAACAGGAAAUUAUCCCCAGCCUUCCAGCAAGCCUUGCUGUCUUUCUGCAGAAUGUGUUCAGACAGCCGCCUCGGAGCAGAGGUGUCCCGUAUAGCAGACAGUGAGGAGAGUGUCAUGCUCAUGCUGGGACGCUGUCUGCCUCACAUUGUCCCUAAUGUCCUUCUUGCUAAACGAGAGAGAAUGGUUGCACAUCUUUGCCAGGAGUUGAUUCCUCUCAUCUUAUGUACCGCAUGCCUUCAUCCAGAGCCUAAAGAGAGGGACCAGCUCCUACACAUCCUGUUUAAUCUAAUAAAGAGGCCGGAUGAUGAGCAGAGGCAAAUGAUCUUGACGGGUUGCGUUGCAUUCGCAAGACACGUUGGUCCUACUCGUGUUGAAGCAGAGCUUCUUCCUCAGUGCUGGGAGCAGAUUAACCACAAGUAUCCAGAGAGGAGACUGCUGGUGGCUGAGUCCUGCGGAGCGUUAGCGCCUUACCUGCCUAAAGAAAUUCGCAGCUCCUUGGUGUUGUCCAUGUUGCAGCAGAUGCUUGCUGAGGACAAGGCUGACAUGGUCAGGGAGGCUGUGGUCAAAAGUCUGGGUAUUAUCAUGGGUUACAUUGAUGAUGCUGACAAGUACUCCCAGGGUUUUGAAUUAAUGCUGCUAUCACUUGGAGACCCAUCGGAGCGGGUGGUCAAUGCGGUCCACCAGGUCUUCAUCCCUGCCUUUUCUGCGUGGAGCACAGAGCUGGGGAACCUUCACGUUGCACUCAUUCCUUCCCUGUUGACACGAAUAGAAAAGCUACUCAUGCAGGGGGAACAUGCUCUGGAUGAGCACAAGCUCCAUAUUUUCCUGUCCGCCCUUCAGUCGCUCAUCCCUCCUCUGUUUGCUCUGGUGCUGCAGAAUGCACCCUUCACCAGCAGAGCUAAGGUCCAUGCAGACACUCCUGCCAUAGAAGUCACCCGCUUCCCCAGGCCAGCUUCUCCGCUUCAGGAUAUAGCUACCAUCAUCGGCAGCAGGGAGAUACUAAGUGCUCUGCUCCAACUCUACGACCACCAACUGGAGCUGGAAGGAACCACUGGCUGGGACAGCCUGCUAUGGGUCGUCAACCAACUGUUGCCUCAACUCAUAGAGAUUGUUGGUCGCAUUAACGUGACCUCGUCGACCUGUGUUCACGAGUUCUCUCGCUUCUUCUGGAGGUUGUGUCGCACCUUUGGCAAAAUUUUUACUAACACUAAGGUUAAACCACAAUUCCAGGAAAUUCUGCGACUUUCAGAAGAGAAUGUUGAUGCGUCAGCAGGAAAUGGCAUUCUCACUAAAGCCACAGUCCCCAUCUAUGCCACUGGAGUUCUGACAUGUUAUAAUCAGGAGGAGGAUCGAAAGCUGCUGGUGGGUUUCUUGGAGGAUGUUAUGACGACCCUGUCUCUGUCACACGCGCCUCUCGACAGCCUGAAGGCCUCCUUUGUAGAACUGGGUGCCAACCCUGCAUACCAUGAACUGCUGCUCACGGUUCUGUGGUACGGGGUGGUCCACACCUCUGCUCUGGUGCGGUGUACUGCAGCACGGAUGUUUGAGUUGGUUCUCCGAGGCAUGAGCGAAGCAUUAAUAGAUCGCCGGGCGGCACCAGCCCUUAUAACACUGUGCAGUGGGCCUGAAUUUUCGGUAAGGAUCUCCACUAUUCCGGCUUUUGGCACCAUCAUGGAGACAGUCACACAGAAAGAGCUGCAGGAGCGAGUAAAAAUGCAGCUGGCAUCCUUCCUGGAAGACCCCCAGUACCAAGACCAGCACUCUUUGCACAUAGAGAUCAUCCGGACGUUCGGGAGAGUUGGACCAAACGCAGAGCCGCGCUUCAGAGAUGAGUUCGUGCUCCCACACCUUCAUAAGCUCGCGCUCGCUAACAACAGCCAUACGGUGGAAAGCAAGAGAAUUGACAUCGCCACCCAGCUGUUUGAGGCCUACAGCGCCCUGUCCUGCUGCUUCAUUUCUGAGGAGGUGAUGGUCAACCAUUUCCUGCCGGGCCUCAGAUGUCUCCAUGCUGACAUGGAGCAACUGUCUCCAGAGCAUGAGGUGAUCCUCAGCUCCAUGAUAAAAGAGUGUGAAAUCAAGGUUGAAAACAGAGGGAUGUCUGAUGCACAAGGAUCUAUAUCCAUAGCAUCCAGUCUGGUGGGUGAAGAUGCAAAGACCAAGUUCCUGAGCAAGAUGGGUCAGCUGACCACUUCCGGUGCCAUGCUGGCCAACGUCUUCCAGAGAAAGAAAUAAUGACGAGACAAAAACCUGACAAGUCCGUUCUGUUUGUGGGAGCAUUUCAUUCAAGCGUUGGUUCUGCUGACAGUAGAAGGAAGUUACAUGUAAAGAUUAAUUUCCUGAAAGAAAUUAGGGUUGAAGGACUGAACAUAUUUAAUGCAGCAGAGCUCCUCGAUAUUUUUAAAAAGACCAGCAAUGUUUUUUGCAUUAAAGCAUAUGGAGUUUUUUAAUUUUUUUUUGCUGUCCCUCCUCCUCAUCCAUCUUCACGACAACAGCAUUUCAGGGUUCACGAGUCAGUGUUGACUUCAGAAAUUGUGGAAAACAACAAACAGACCAACACGGGCGUCUCUGAACUUGAAAAAAGGAUUCAUUUUGAAUUUUUUUAGAGCCGCACAAACACAUCCUCUUGUGACUUCCUUGCCUCCAGGAAACGACGCUCUGAGCUCACACCGCUGGAUUUCAAGAAGAAUUUUAACAGCCACCAUUUUUGAGUAAAAAGAUUCACAAGCUGUUGCAUCGAUUUGCAUAUCUAAAGGAAAUAACAGUGACAGUUUGAACCACACAACUGCUGUACAUCUGUUUGGCUGGUUCGUGCAGUGUCUUUAUGACUCCCAAUUAUUGCCUACUUGAAGCUAAAAUAAACGGUCUUGCCUUUA